AUGCUCUGGCUGUUACCAUUAAUUACAGCAGUUUGGAUCCUGGGGUCCUUUAUCAUCACUUAUGUCAUUGCUGUUGCCAAUGGGCGGGUGGAGCCAAAUUUUCCCUAUAUCAGUUACACAGCCAUCUAUGCACCUGAAAGGGCAAUUUUCUCCCAGUUGGUCAAUAUUGGUGCUGUCUUAUUGGGAUCCACUGCUUAUGUUCGCUAUAUUCAAGUCAAAGCUGAUUACCCACACAUGUCUACGAAGAUGAGAGGUUGCAACGUGGCCAGCCUUGUUUUGGGUAUGCUUUCUGCUCUUGGACUUAGUAUGGUGGCAAACUUUCAGGCAAAAAUAAUCCAAAUUCCACACUAUCUCGGUGCCUUCUUUGCCUUUGGUUUGGGAACCGUCUAUUGUUGGGUGCAAACGGUGAUAACAGGGAAAAUUUUCACUCGGGAUUUUAAUUACUCUCGUGGUGUUUUAAUCCUGCGUAUCUUCAUCAGUAUCUCUGUCACCAUUAUCUUGUUUAUAUUCACUGCCACAAAAAUUUUCUACAAAAAACACAAAUUCCCAGGAUCCAAAUGGAAUGUCCAUCGUGGUGUGUACUUAACAUCAACAAGCACAGAAUGGCUUUUGGCUAUUUGUAUUCUGCUUUAUGUACUGAGCUUCAUAGCUGAAUUUCGAAAUAUUCGGCUACGAUUUCCAGAAAUAGUGAGUACAGUAGAACGCUCCAAUACAAUGGAAACCAAUCACCAAUUGUCUUGA